AAGGAGCGAAUCACCAACCGGUCGAACGCUCGAUCUGCUAUCGCGUCACUUCUUUCAUUUUGUAUCAUUUCUUAUCUCCAACGUGCGUGUGUGACAUCUUAACAUCAAAGAGACGCUAUUUUGUUCUAUUUAUCUUCUAUGUACAUACGUUUCUUACCGUAUAUACACUCCAUUUAUCUGAUCAACGCAUAAUAUUUUCCUGGAUUUCGUGUGAAAGCUCGAUAAGAUGAAGCAAUGGCAAACGCCAUAAAAACGUGGAGAGCGAGCGCUCUUGUGGCGUGUCUGUUUCUCUCUUAUAACGGUUUAGCGGAGGAGAAUGACGAGGAAUACAGAGGAAAAUAUAUUGGAAGGUUGAACGCGUAUCAUCAUCAGGUAUCUGGUGAGUUAUAUGCAGUCGAUGAGUACACGCUGCUUGUAACUUCCUUCAGUUACGAUGGUAACGGAGCAGAUACGUUCUUUUGGGCUGGUGCAUCUAAUCGGCCAGGUCCUCAAGGUUUCAUCGUACCUGACGAGUGGGGCAAGACCAACGUACUUGGUCGGUAUCUCAAUCGAGAUUUUACGCUGACCUUGCCGGACAAUAAAAAGAUAACGGAUAUUAAAUGGUUCGCCGUGUACGAUUUGGCUAGUCAGAACACGUUUGGUGAUGUCUAUAUUCCUGAAGAAUUUGAUCCACCAGCUCCUCAGAAGAUCUCUCAGCUAUCCAAGAGAUCCCAUGACGUAUCGUCUGAAUCGAUAGUAAUCUUGGAUUCGAAGACAAUCAGUAUACCACAAUUUACAUAUGAUGGGACAGGAAAUGAUACGUAUUUCUGGGUCGGUUUAGGUCCUCAACCUUCGAGCAAAGGAACCAAAGUUCCUGAUGAGUAUGGAUACCUGGAUCCACUGCGUACUUAUAAAAAAGAGGAUAUAAUAAUCCAAUUGCCAGGAGAAAUGACUGUCUUUAACGUCGAUUGGUUGAGCGUAUUUGACGUAAAAACUAAAUCGAAUUAUGGCUCGAUUAUUAUACCAGACGGUCUUAACGUACCACCAUCUUUAGUUAAAAUUGUCAAGCAUACGCAAUCUUUGCCAAAUUGUGUUCAGCUCCAUAAACGUUAUCAAGUUAGUUGGGAAAUCUUUGGUCCACAGAUCACGAUACAAUUGGCUGGUCAAGUUGCCGAAGAUGAGUACAUGGCUUUCGGCUUAUCCGGUUCUGAUAGCUCCAGCCAAAUGGAAGGUGCAGAUGUUACCGUUGCUUAUAUGGAUGGUACACGAGGCUAUGCCACUGAUUAUAACAUAACGACAAAAGCACCGUGUGGAAAAGUUCUUGGACAGUACAAGGGUGUUUGCAAGGAUGAGCUUUUAGGUGGAUUAGACAGCAAUCAAUUGUAUACCGCGGUAAGGGAAAACGGCAUCAAUAUCAUCACCUAUAGGCGAACGCUUAAUUCGUCUGAUCCAGGAGACAAAACAUAUCCUACAGACAGGAUGGUCUAUAUAAUUUGGGCAUUAGGAAGAUUAGAUGAGAAUAUGGAACCUAAUUUUCAUGAUCUCUAUCCUAAAAGUGACUUACGAUUAGAAUUGAGUCGUCAGGAACCGGAAAACACCUGUAUGGACUUCACGGAAGAUAAUGAAAAGCUCAUAAUACCUUGGGAAAAGGCAGAAAUAUUCGAUAGGAGUAUUAGAACUUUUAAAGCAACUAUUGGACCAUCUGGAGGAAAAAAAGGCUACCAAGGAAUAACAGGACAAACGUCAAUGGGUUACGCGUGGUACAUUGAAGGUCAAUUAAUACCGGAAUUGUACUUGCGUCGAGGAUUAACAUACAACUUCGUUGUCUAUGGAGGUAAUAAUCCUCAUAGUUCUAAUUUGUAUCAUCCUCUAAUUAUCACGGACGAGCCUCACGGAGGCUAUGAUAGACUCAGCGAUAUUGCACAAAACAAAGUAAGAGUAUUAGCUGGUGUUGAGUUUACUAGAAGAGGCCGACCAAGGCCAACAGCAGUGGGCCCUCUUUGUUUGAGCAAGCAUGAUGGCAGAGACAGAAGACUAGACGAUGACUUUUUAUCUUUCAAAAAAUUUAAUAGAAGUCUUAUAUCUAUUUGCGAACCUGGUGAAGGAGGUAUUUUAGAAGUGACACCUAACUCGUCGUGGCCGGAUAUUGUUUAUUAUAAUUCCUUUACUCAUGCAAAUAUGGGUUGGAAAAUAUACGUCGUUGAUGCUUAUUCUCGAAGCGAAGCAAUUUUACAUAACUUAUCACUAACUGUUGGAAUAGUGGCUGUGUUUUUUCGUCUCUUAUAAAUUUAGAUACAUGCUAAAAAAAUUGAUUGUCCUUUUUUAUUAUCUAAGAAUGAAAUAAUUUUCACAAAUGAUUUUCACAAGCAAUCUUCGUGAACAUAUUUAUCAAACUUGGCAAUAAGACAAUUAGAUCUUUAUUUACGAUUAACAUUAAGAUAAUGUUUUCUAUUUAUGAUCGAAUGACUGAUGUUUAUCAUAUGAGAAUCACAUCAUCAUUGACAUUUUAUAUUUCUUCUUUUUUAUGUUUCAUUUAUGUGUUGUUCCUUGCUUAUUAUUAUAGUGCCAAAGGAAACUUAUAGUUGUCAAAAGCAACACAUACUAUAUAUCCUUCGUAUGUUGUACACUUUGAUCGAAAAUUAUAAUAGAUAAGACGAUUGAUUUUAUAUAUUUUUUUCACGUCUUUACUUUAUUUCUUUUAAUAAUAUUAAACAUAAUACUCAUAUGAAUAUCAAUGUAUGUAUAUUAAGUUUCAUAAACAUUAUGUAUUUAGUGCUGCAUAUAUUUAUUAUAUUACAAAAUAAUUUUUAUAUAAGAUGUAAGAUAUAAACAAUCGUAUUAAGUACUGUAUUCGUUAUAUAUUCUUGUAUUAUAUAUUUACAAAAUCUCAUUUUUAAUAUUCAUUUAUUUGUAAUCUGGAUUUUUGAAUAAUUUUUGCAAACUUAAUAUACUUGUACUGUGGCAUGCAUCUAGAUAUAA